GUCUCUAUAUUUUUCACGAUGGACAGCCUGAGCGCCGAGGAGGCCAACUUGGCGUACCUGGGGUCUGAGGAGGAGGCUGAGCUGGCAGUCAAGGUCAUCUGCCUCGGGGACAGCGCGGUCGGCAAAUCGAAGUGCGUCGAGCGCUUCCUGCUGGACGCGUUUCAGCCGCGGCAACUGUCCACCUAUGCGCUCACACUCUACACGCACCGCACAGUGGUGCGCGGCACGCAGGUGCGCGUUGACUUCUGGGACACGGCGGGACAGGAGCAGUUCAACAAUCUGCACCCGUCCUACUUUCACGCCGCCCACGCUUGCGUCCUCCUCUUUGACGCCACCAGAAAGGUAACGUACAAGAACCUGGCGCGGUGGUUGCAGGAGCUCCGCAAGUACCGGCCGCAUAUCCCUGUACUGGUCGGCGCCAACAAAAUCGACGCCGAUCCGGAGGUGACGAGGCGCUCGUUCGCCUUCCCGCAGCGCCACGCACUGCCGCUCUACUUCGUGUCCGCUUCGGACGGCACCAACGUUGUCAAGCUGUUCCAAGACGCGAUCGAGGCUGCCGUCGAGUACAAACGCAACCCUGCUGACGACGCCGACCGUAUUCUGGACGAACUGGACAGGCUGUGAGGAACAAAAAAUCCGCCCAAAAUCUAACGCGCCAAGGUUGACUUGGGACCAAAUAAGAAAAUAAUUAAAACAAAAAACCGACUGGUUAUUUGGGAGUUGAAAUAUAAAAUUUAUAAUUUAUGUACCACUCUAAUUGCGAGAGGCGAUUCAUACUUGAAAUAACUCCGGUGUCCAAGGAUGCGACGAGAUGGAGGGAUUUUCCUCCUUUUGCCCGCUCAAGCAUGCACCUCUAUUGUCACUUUCAUUUCUAGACGAGCUGCCGUCGCAACUCAGAGUUGGCAGAAGAUCGAGCGAGCGAUUUGUGUAACUUGUUUAUGCAACGGACAAGGUGUCCGUGACGAAACUAAAUUAAUUCUCAAACUCUCGUUUAAAUCGGCGCGGCCUUUAUUUGUUUCAACACAAAUUGUUUAUUUGUUUUCCUCUCGCUAAGGACUCGAAAAUAUAGCACCAAG